AUGGUACUCUACCUUGGAGGAGGCGUGACGUGGGCAAUGGGCAAGGAGGCAUGGCGCGAUAUGCAAGCAUGGAAACAGGUACAUGUGUGUGUGUGUGUGUGUGUGUGUGUGUGUAUACUUGGUUGGAGGGCGAUUCGCACUGGGGGCAGAGAUGGCGAGGGCGUCUGA